UUAACUUUCUUUUCUACAAACAAAAAUCAAUUCUCUGCCCACAAAAAAUUAUUAUUUGUAAAAUAAAAUGCUGAAAAAAAAAACUAACUUGAAAAACAGUAUAAAUCAUCUGCUUGCACAUCACAUAUCAUAAUUAAUAUACGCACACUAAUAAUAGUAGUACAUUUGGGGAAGGAAGGAAUGGUAUCUGCUGCACGAAUCAUCUAUCUUGUCGCCAUAAUCACUGCGGUUGUAUGCGCGAUUAUUGCGGUUGCUAUCAGUCCAUUUGUAAAACAAAAUGGUCUAGACACCGGCAGUCAAAAAAUCAAUUUAACAUUUAUUAUUCUUGGAACAAUUUGUCUCAUUAUAGCAGCAAUCCUCGUAAUCGUCACAUUCAUCAGGAUUGAUUCUCUACUCUUCUAUAUUGUCAUCAUUGUACUACUGUCGUUAGCGAUCCCAUGCUACAUCAUCGCACUGGUUGUAUAUGACAAAAAUCCGGGAUAUUUGGGAUGGUUAUUAGCUGCUCUCUGGGUCACCUUCUUAUGCUUACUCAGUGCUAUUAUACUAUGGGUUGCCAAUAGUGAUUGA